AUGUCAAAAAAGUACGUUAACACUGAUAAUAAUAAAUACGAAGGAACAGGCAAAUUUUCAAACGACAAAAAUGGAAAUCAAAAUUUUAGUGAAGACGCACUAAAGCUAUUUUUCAAUUCAUGGGAAAAAUUACAUAAAGAAGAAAUAAAAAAUGAAAAACGGAAAAACUUUAUAAAGUUUGAUGAAGACGGAACAGAAAAUGAUAUGGAAAAUGGAAAUAAAGAAUAUUUUAAUUCGUAUGCUUAUAUACAUAUACAUGAAGAUAUGAUCAAAGAUGAAGUAAGAACACGAAGUUAUUAUGACGCUAUUAGAAAAAAUGAACAUUUAAUUAAAGAUAAAAUUGUAUUGGAUGUUGGAUGUGGCACAGGCAUUUUAUCAUUUUUUGCAGCAAAACAUGGAGCUAAACAUGUAUAUAGUAUAGAAAAAAGUAAUAUAAUCUAUACUGCUUUAAAUAUAAGAGAUGUAAAUAAUUUAACUGAUAAAAUUACAUUUAUAAAAGGACUAGCAGAAAAUAUAACUCUUCCUGUAGAUAAAGUUGAUAUUAUUAUAUCAGAAUGGAUGGGAUAUUGUUUACUUUAUGAAAAUAUGCUUGAUACUGUUCUAUUUUGUAGAGAUAAAUGGCUAAAAAAAGGAGGUAUCAUUUUUCCUGAUAAAACUUAUAUGUAUAUAGCAGGUAUUGAAGAUAGUUUAUAUAGAGAAGAAAAAUUUGAUUAUUGGAAACAUUGCUAUGGACUUAAUUUUACACCUGUUAUACCUAUUUUAAAAGAAGAAGUAGUUAUUGAUUAUGUUGAUAAAAAUUAUAUAGUUACAGAUUCAAGUUGCAUACUAAAAUUAGAUUUAAAUACAUGUACAAAAGAAGAUUUAUCUUUUGUAUCACCAUUUAAUAUUACUAUGACAAGAAGAGAUUAUAUUCAUGCUCUUGUCAUAUGGUUUGAUGUAUCAUUCUCUGCUUGUCAUACUAAUGUUAGUUUUACUACAGGACCAUAUGGAGCAAAUACACACUGGAAACAAAUUGUUUUAUAUACUAAUCAUAUUAUUACUGCGGAAAAAAAUGAAACAAUGAAAGGCAUAUUUGCUCUUAAAAAAAAUGAACAAAAUAAUAGAUAUAUAGAUAUGAAGCUAUAUUACAAUUUCUCGGGUGCCCAUUCUAAAGUUGAAAGUACACAGUUUUUUAAUAUUAGUUAG